AUGGUUCCGCCUGCCACCGCUGAAGGUGACCUUGAUGACGACAAGGAGAUCCCCUACGCUGCGAUCCAGGCCAUGGCCAAAUACCUCGAGAAUAAGUUCACCAGUGCCUCCGAGUUCCCCGAGGAACAGCUCGAUAGUGUUGACACUUCCAGCAAGAGUGUUGGGAGUGAACAUCCUCUGAGCAGUGGCCUUGCGCAGCUGGUGGAAGCCACCCUGAGAAACACCGAAGUUCAGGCUGGACCAGGUGGCCCCAUACCCGUUGCUCUCGACAGUCUUGGGCUCAAGAGACCUCAUGCCAGGUAG